AUGGUAACCAUCGAGGAGGUUCGCCGCGCUCAAAGGGCUGAAGGGCCUGCAACUAUCAUGGCCAUCGGGACAGCAACGCCGUUGAAUUGCGUCGACCAGAGCACUUAUCCCGAUUACUAUUUUCGCAUCACAAAUAGCGAACACAAAACAGAGCUUAAAGAAAAAUUUAAGCGCAUGUGUGAUAAAUCGAUGAUCAAAAAACGUUACAUGCACUUGACGGAAGAAAUUUUGAAAGAGAAUCCGCACAUGUGUGAAUACAUGGCACCAUCACUCGAUGCAAGGCAAGAUAUUGUGGUGGUGGAAGUGCCAAAACUAGGCAAGGAAGCUGCCUAUAAAGCAAUCAAAGAAUGGGGCCAGCCUAAGUCGAAAAUCACCCAUUUAAUCUUCUGCACCACCAGUGGCGUGGACAUGCCCGGUGCCGACUACCAACUCACCAAGCUCCUCGGCCUUCGCCCCUCCGUGAAACGCUUCAUGAUGUACCAACAGGGUUGCUUCGCCGGCGGCACUGUCCUGCGCAUGGCCAAGGACUUGGCGGAGAAUAACAAAGGGGCACGGGUUCUCGUAGUGUGCUCGGAAAUCACUGCAGUUACAUUCCGGGGACCAAAUGACACUCAUUUGGAUAGUCUGGUUGGACAGGCACUGUUUGGCGAUGGCGCAGCUGCCGUGAUUGUGGGUUCUGACCCGGUGAUUGGGGUGGAGCGGCCACUUUUUCAGCUGGUUUCAGCCGCGCAAACAAUACUUCCAGAUAGUGAUGGUGCCAUUGAUGGCCAUUUACGUGAAGUUGGAUUAACCUUUCACCUUCUCAAGGAUGUUCCGGGAUUGAUAUCAAAGAACAUUGAAAAGAGCCUGACUGAGGCAUUCCAGCCUUUAGGUAUUUCUGAUUGGAAUUCGAUUUUUUGGAUUGCUCAUCCUGGCGGUCCAGCAAUCUUGGACCAAGUGGAAGCAAAAUUAGCCCUAAAUCCAGAAAAAUUGCGAUCGACUAGACACGUGUUAAGUGAAUAUGGAAACAUGUCAAGUGCAUGUGUGCUUUUUAUCCUAGAUGAGAUGAGGAAGUCUGCCACCAAGGAGGGGAUGAGCACAACCGGAGAGGGGCUGGAUUGGGGUGUUCUGUUUGGGUUCGGACCAGGGCUAACGGUGGAGACGGUGGUGCUGCAUAGUGUGCCAAUUAACUAA